AUGGCGUCGGUGUCGUCACUAGACAAGGACCUGCGCAGGCUGCGCCUCGACAAGUACACGCCUGCCGCAGCGAACGAGGCGAGACAAUGGGUCGAGGACAUACUAGACGAGAGGCUACCCGCAGGCGAUCUGCUCGAGGCUCUGAAGGACGGCGUCGCAUUGUGCAAGCUGGUAAACCUCGCUGUUGGCCCCCCAGGCGUCAAGUUCAAGAAGUCGGCCAUGCCCUUCGUCCAGAUGGAAAACAUCUCGCACUUCCUGCGCGCCAGCCAAGCCCCGCCGCUCAACCUCCAACAACACGACAUGUUCCUCACCGUCGACUUAUACGAACAAAAAGACCCCGCCCAAGUCCUCCAAUGCCUUGGCGCCUUCAGCCGCGCCGCCAACAACGUCAACCCCUCUGCCUUCCCCACACCCAUCGGCCCACGGAGCGCGCGCGCUGGCGUCUUGAGCCCCGAAGCGACCGGCCCCACUACUCCGACCGGUCUCCGCGGCCGCGGUGUCUCCAAUGCCAGUAGCAACACCUCCUCGUCCGUGUACGGCCGGCCCCCUGUUGCCCCCGCUCGUACGGGCGAUUCCGCGUCCGGCCGCUGGAGCCCUACUAAGUCGCCCACGCAGCCGGCCGGCGCUUCCAGCCCCCCUGCCCCGGUCAGCAGCUGGAGUAAGAGAGAGCAUGAGGGCGCCACAUCGCCGGCCUGGAAUAUUGCCCAGUACGGGUACCUAGGAGGGGCUAGCCAAGGGAACUUGGGCAUUGCGUUUGGCGGGCGUCGGCAGAUUACCAGUGCUGGUCCGUCUGUUCCGAGCUUUGCCGAGAAGGAAAAGAGGAGGAAGGAAAAGGAGGCCGAAGCCGAGCGGCAGCGCCAAGAGGAAGAACGCCAGCGGCAGGCCGAGCUGGAAGCUGAGGAGGAGAGGGCGCGCCUGGAGGAGGAGCGCCGAUUCGAGGAGGAGACUCGUCGUCAGAGGGAGGACGAGCGGAGGCUGCUUGAGGAAGAGAAGAGACGCUGGGAGGAGGAGGAGCGUGAAUGGAGGUUAACGGAGGAGAAGCGGCGCAGGGAGGAAGAGGAGGCCAAUGCCCGGCUAGAGGCAGAGCGGCGGACCGCACGCAAGAGCAACCCGCAGUUGCGCGGGCAGUUCCUCAGCCAGUACCAGGCCGAGCAGGAGACUCCAGACAAGGCGCGCAUCCGAGAACUAGAGCAGCAGCUCGAGCAGGCCCGCCAACGCGAGGCGAGCUACGAGAAGGAACGUCAAGGGCGGUCCCUCCGGCCCGGCACCAGCGACGGUAAGAAGGCCCGGUCCCGGUCGCGUAGUCGCGCAGCGCAGCCCGUCUCUAGGCAGGAUUCGUGGAGCGUGCGCGACGAGCGCAACUUCAUCGCCAGCCAACGGCCCCAGCAUCACCCGCAGCUCGAACAGCACGAGGAAGAGGUCGAGGAACCUGCCCUGUCACCUGCACGGCUCGCGUCUCCGCGACCACUCCCCAAUCCAGCAGCUCUACCACCGCCUGCUGCGAAAGUUAAGGCCCAUCGCACAGGCGAGGGACCACCGCCGCCUCUCCCGAUCCGUUCGCAGCACACCGGCUCACGCCCUCUUCCCGAUCCGGCUGCUGCUCAGCCUGUGCAACAACAACAUUAUCAACAACCACAACAACAACAACUUGAACAACCGCCCCCGGCACUCCCCGUCCGGAAACAACAUACCGGAUCCCGGCCUCUGCCCGAGCCCUUCGAGCCGGCGGCACCACCUACACCGGUGCGCAAACAACACACUGGCUCUCGUCCGCUUCCCAACCCCACGACGUACAGCUCGUCCUCAUCCCCCGAAGCACCCCGCCAGCAGCGUCACCAACCACCACCACCGCAACAGCAACACAAAACGUUCUCUCCGCCGCCUCCACAACAUCAAACUUUCUCCCCGCCACCCCCACAGCCCCAACAACAACUACAACAACAGCGCUUCCAACCCCCCAAACCAUCCCCCGCCUCACCCCCCACCGCACCCCCCAAGAAAAUGUCCCUCCUCGAACGCGAAAUGGAACUCGAGCGCCAACGCCAGCGCGAAUGGGAGGACGCUCAGCGUGAAACCGCCGCGACAGCCGCGGCCCAGUCCGCCGACGGCGGUAACCAUGACCACGGAAUUGACGGGAUUGGCGGUGGGAUCGGUGGACGCUGGGAUGUGAGUCAGUGGACUGGGUUUACGGGGGGUGAUAGUCAGAAUCGCGGGGCGCAGGGGAUUGGGGCGGGGAGGAGACAGAUUGUUGGGCCGAGGCCGCUGCCGAAUCCGCCGAGGUAG